AUGUUUUAUUUGAUUAUUUUAAUAUUGUUAACAAAUAUAAUUGAAUCUUUUAAAGUUAUGAAAAUAAUAAUACCUGAUACUAGUGGUUUAAAUGUUGUAGAUAAAAAAUUUAAGCCAAAAUAUUUCAUAAAAAAUAAUUUACGUUUUGUAACUCCAUAUAUUUACACUUACAAAUUAUUUUCCAAAAAAAGAUGGAUAGGAAAAAAAAUAGCAGAUGUUCUAGCAUCCGAAUUUUGCGCUUAUGAUAUGAAUUAUUUUUUAGAAUCAAUAAAAAAAGGAUAUAUAAAAGUAAAUAAUAAAAAUGUUUCAAGUGAUUAUAUCAUUAAAAAUAAUGAUUUUAUUGAACAUAAAUUAUUAUUAUUUGAAAAACCUGUUUUAUUUAGUAAAAUAAUAAUUUUGUAUGAAGAUGAAAAUUUUAUUUGUGUAUAUAAAUCUUCUAGCAUACCUACCCAUCCUGUUGGGUUCUAUCAGUAUAAUUCACUUCUAAGAAUUUUACAGAAUUAUAUGUGUUUAUCAAAAAAUCAGAGUUUAAGCAAUUCAAAAAAUGAUAAAUUAGAUGAUAUAAUAAAAAUAAGUUUUAAUUUCAAAAAAACAAAUUUUCAGAAUAGUAACAUCGAAUUUCAAACAAACAAUGAAAAUUAUAAUAUACAAAGUAAUCAUUCCACUGAAAAUUUGGAGAAAAAGGAACAACUCAAUUUAAUAAAUCAUCAGAAAAAUAGAAUUUGUGAAGAUAAUUUCUAUACUAAUAAUUUAGAGAAUAAAAAUAAUAAAAUAAAUAAAAAUCACCUAAAUGAAGAAAAUAUCUCCACUGAAUUAAAUAAAACAUCUUCUAAAGAUUUAAAUGAUAAUAACAUGAAUAUAGAUUAUUAUUUGAAUUGUUUGAAAUACAUAAAGGACAAGCAGAUUAGUUGUAUUUCAAAUGAUCACGCAUCUGAAAGUGAGGAAAACAAUAUAUUUUGUAACAAUUCAAUUAACAAAAAGGAAGAAUUGAAUAAUGAAAAAGGAAAUAAAUUAGGUAAUGAAAAUGAUAAUAAAUUUUAUAAUAAAAUUAAUAAGAAAUUAAAUAAAAAAAAUAAUGUGAAAAACAAUGAAGAGGUUGAUAAUAAAGAUAAUGACAACUUAUAUAUCUAUACACUUCACAGAUUAGAUAAACUAACCUCAGGUAUUGUACUUUUUGGGAAAAAUAAAAAAAUUUCUACAUCUUUUUCUGAAAAUUUAUCAAACAAUAAAAUUAAAAAAACAUAUAUAGCAAGAGUUGAUGGAGAUUUUCGAAAAAUAAUUAAAGAACUUUUAAAUGGAAAUAAAGUCUUAAGUAAUGUUUCAAGUGAAGAUAUAAAUGAUUUAAUAGAAGAAUAUUGCAAUAAUAGCAAAAAUAAUAAUGUUUUAAAAUUUAAUGAUGGUAAUUCUUUUAAAAACGAUAUAUUUUUGUAUGAAAAUAAUUACAAAAAGCAAGAUUUUCAAGAGGAAGUAAAUAUGAAAAAAUUAAUAGAAUAUAUAAAAGACAAAAAAAAUGACUUAAAAGAAUGUUUUGAUAUAAGUAAAUAUGAAAAAGAAGAAUUUUUUGACGAUAAUUUUCAAAAUAUAUCUAAUAGCGAAGAUGAUAAAUUAGAAAUAUAUCAUAAAUAUUUUAUCAUAGAUUUUGGGUAUAUGUAUUGUGAAAGUAAGAAAUUAUUAAAAUAUGUUUUUACAAAAUAUACAAAUUCUAAUUAUAAAGAGCUUUGCCAUUAUUGUUUGAAACCAAGUAUAACUAAAUUUAUGUUUUUAUCAUAUAAUUCUCAGAUUAAUGAAUCAAUUGUAUUAUGUCAACCGAUAACGGGAAGAACACACCAAAUAAGAGCUCAUUUAAAUAGUUUAUCGUUUCCCAUAUCUAAUGAUUCUCAUUAUAAUAAAAAAUUUGAAGAAGAAUAUAUUAAGAAAUCUAAUUAUUUAUAUUUAGAUUCUUAUAUUGACGAUAAUAAAAUAAAUGAAGAAAAUAAGAGAAAAGAACAAGAAAUUAAGAAAAAUUUAGUAGUAUCCGAAAAAUAUGAAUAUUUUCCACUUAUCCCAUUUUUAAAUACAUCUUUUAAUUGGCUGUAUGAUGAAAAUAUAGAUUUGAAUAAUGAAUAUGAUGAAGAAUAUAUAAAUAAAUAUUUUUUUAAAAAAAUUAGCAAUGUUACUUAUCAUAGUUCAGGAAUAUUUUUACAUUCUUUCAGGUAUACAUGGGAGCAAGUUAUUGAUGUUUUUACUCUUCUACCUAAAUGGUGUUAUUUAUUUUUUAUACCAAAAAAUAUUUUGAUUUUUUUGCUUUAUGGAGAUUUAUCAUAA